GGCCAACGCUAACGCUAGCUAGCAGGAGGCUGUGUGAGCAGGAGGAGGGUCAGCUGUCCGUCAGUUUAACGUCAGGUACGAUUGUGGAAACCAGCGGUCAUGACAGCUCCAGUCAACAUCCAGGCUCCCAGUAAGACCUGGGAGCUGAGUCUGUAUGAGCUUCACAGGAGCCCACAGGAAGCGAUUGUGGAUGGAACAGAGGUGGCGGUGUCUCCUCGCGCUCUGCACAGUGAGCUCAUGUGUCCCAUUUGUCUGGACAUGCUGAAGAACACCAUGACGACCAAAGAGUGUCUUCACCGCUUCUGCUCCGACUGCAUUGUCACCGCGCUGCGAUCAGGGAACAAGGAGUGUCCCACCUGCAGGAAGAAGCUGGUCUCCAGGCGUUCGCUGCGCAGAGACUCAAACUUUGACGCGCUGAUCUCAAAGAUUUAUCCAAGCAGGGACGAGUACGAGGCCCACCAGCUAAGAGUCCUGGAGCGACUCAACAGGCUCCACAACAAGGAGGCACUGAGCUCCAGCAUCGAGGAGGGGCUCCGACAGCAGGCUCGCUACAGGUCUGAGAGGAACCACCGGGUCAAGAAGCCGACUCAAGAGAGCGACAACACCACCUUCAGCGGUGGGGAAGACAAUGUCGACAACGGCGACUCACGCUCACACAUGUCUCAUGACUCGGCCCCCUCACAUGCCCCUGCCUCCCGCGGUCAGACUGCCUCGGAGGCAGGACCUAGCAGAAAACGCCCCCGAGCUUCAGAAGACGGCUCUGGUCCUGAGGCGGACAGCGGAAGCCCCAUCCCACCUACGAGACGCCACAAAGAGGGGCCGGCCUCAGAGAUUGAGCUGGUGUUCAGGCCACACCCACAGCUGGUUAAUGCCCAGGAUUACAACCAGACAAGAUAUGUGAAGACAACAGCCAACGCCACAGUUGACCAUCUGUCCAAAUAUCUUGCUCUGCGCAUCGCUCUGGAGGACGGACAGAGCAGCAGAGAGAGGGAGGACAGAGGAAAGGACGAAGGAGGAGAAAGUAAAGGAGCAGCAGGGAGCGGAGAGGGUUCCAGUCUGACUAACAUCAGUGAGAAACAGUACACCAUCUACAUUAUGACAAGAGGAGGGCAGUUCUCUACUCUGAACGGCUCUCUGACUCUGGAGCUGGUCAACGAGAAGUACUGGAAGGUGAGGAAACCUCUGGAGCUCUACUAUGCCCCAACCAAGGACCAACAACCACAGCAGCAGCAACCGCAAUCCUCACAGCAGAAGUCUCCUCCUCCUGCACAGAAGGACGGCUGAAGGACAGCAGUGUGAUAGUCUUUCCUCCAUCCUCCGCUCCUUUGACCACCCACGUUCACCUCAGAAAGGAAGUUAAGUCGCCACAGUUUCACUUCUCUUGUGUCUUCGUUGAGUUUCCUAAAAACUUCAGGUGGUUUUAUUGGAUUUUACCAGUUUUAUUUGGAAUGUGUGGACUGAUUUUCUGAGGAAGGAUUUAUCAAGAAGAACAAAUAGAUGAGCUACAAUUAAAAACAAAAACUGCUUGAUAAUGCUUGGUAAAUCUGUUUGUCUGCUUUCCUGAACUGUGUUUCAUGAAAUAAGCAGACACUGAUGGAUGCAGAAGUAAGUAUAAAGAAUCAGCUGCUUGAUAGCUUUUCUGUCCUAUCACUUUCAAUAUUUUAUUGCUUCAAAAUGCUCAAGACUGACAAAGUGUAAGAAGAGAUCUUUGUAAAAGUCCGCAGCUAAAAGUAUCACCUAUGUCUGAGUAGAUUUUUAGGUGUUUUACCACCAAGUUCUGAUUUGGUUUUUCUCUAAAUAAACGUGUUUUUAUUUAUUACUCCAACACAUGUAAAAAGCCAUAAAUAAUAGUAGGAAGUGCAUUUCUACCAAAACAGAAAACAACUGUAGCCUCAGGACUCAAUUAAACACUUGAUUGAUUUGUUUAAAUUGAAUGCCGACUCCACAGGUGAACUUUAGAGGCACAGUUUCAGCACAUGCAAAAGCUCCACAACCCUCCGUUGGCAUUUCUGCCUCCCGGCAAAUUCACGCUGUCCUAAAAAUAUUUGACCGGUUAUCUGUACAAGAUCUCUUUUUCUUUUUUUUUUUGCUUGGGGAACAUUGGAGAAAAAUAUGAUUGAUGAGAACAAUCAGAGAGACUGUGAAAGAAAGGUUUUCAGAUUUUUAGUAAUUAGCUCCAAAGUUGAUGUUUAAAUAGAUAUAUUUAUGAAAACAUUGCUGUUAUUUAAUCUGAGUUUGACUGAAUCUCUCCUAUAGAAAAUUUUUGGUGUGGCAUCAGAAAAAUUGUAAUAUUUGUGUGUGUGUGUGUUUUUUUAAGCUUUUUCCUAUGUUUCAUAGCUACUUCCUCUUAAAUUGAUUUAAUUUAGACAGUCAUGUGCUUUAGCAGCAGCUCAUAUAUUUGGGUUGUUAUUCCUUGUUUUCUUAUCAUCUUACAUUUUCAGGGCUGAAGAGGGGAUGGAAUCCAACCCAGCAUGCACUGGUGUUGGAAAGGUUGCAUUAAAGCAGCAAUAUUUGACUUAAAAUAGGAUUAAAUCAUUCAGCUUUAUUAUGAAAAUUUAGAUUAUUUUAGUCUAUUCUGUAGAGAACUUGUAACUGUGUUUUGACUUUAUUUUCACUUUUUUUAUCUGUAGUUGAACAUUCGCCUUAACCCCUGGUUCUUCUUUAAAGGGAAAUUCCUCUAUUUUUAACGUUGGCUGUUUGAACCGAGAUGAUCAGAAACAUUGACACUAUGAUAUUCAUGUUUUUCAGAAAUACUAAACACUUAAAAGUUUAAAGACAUUUUUCACAAGACAGGUGCUUAAAGGGGACGUAUUUUACCCUUUUAAGACAAGUUUAUAUCGUCUCAGAGGCCCCCGAAACAUGCCUGUGAAGUCUGUUUCUGAAAAACACUCCAGUAUUGGAUUUUGCUUGUCUAAAAACCCCUCUGUUUUAGUCCUGCUCUGUUUGUGUCUGUGGCUUUAAAUGUUACUGAGCUGUCUGACUCCGCCCCUCUCAGGAAACUGAUGUGGCUUAAUGGAUGCGGCUCUCCUGAUCCUCCUCUCGGAUCAGGAAAUGAGGGUGGAACUAUCUUCCAAGCGGGGAGGGCCACCCGAACCUGGGGGCGGGGCUAACUCCCAACGGCACAUUAUUUGUGUUUGGAGGGGGGUCUGGUAGUUUAGGGGACUGUGGAGAGGCCAGGUGCACAUUAUUAUUUUUAGAAAAGCCUGAAAAGGUGAUUUUUGCAUGUCUCCUUUAAAGAGAUAUUUUAGUGUUUGGUGUAGAAGUUGGGUUGUUUGAGGUACUUGGUAAUAGUGGUGGCAAAAGCCUUCAGAGAUUCCCCCUCAAACAGAACAUGCUUGGAGAAGCUAGGCUAUACAGCACCACAGAUGAGUUCAGCUGCUCUGUGUAAUUUAGUGAGUUUAGGGUAAAAGUGGCCCAAAACACAGUGUCAGCUCAGUUUCACACUUAAUCAGACAUUUUUGAAGCAUUUUAUUUAGCACUAGGAACGCCUCUGUGCUUGGCACUAUUUUGCAAUGUGAGCUUCGGCUACAUGCUCUUCCGCCUAUCUGAACAUCAGUUUGGGUCUGCAGGCUUCGUCAGAGGGAACAACAACAAAUUAAAACUUUAACUUGUUUAAAUAUCAGCCAGUAAAGAAGAUUUCCAUUCAGCUCUUCUGGUCAGGGUCAGUUUCUCUGAUUUAUCCUCAGAAAGUUGGGAGAAGGUUGGUAAAAUACCAGUGAUCAGUGAGGCAGGGAACUCUGGAUGGCGAGUGAUGCAGGCUGCAGAAGUGUUGUGAAGUCCCACUCAUGUCAGCUGUAGUGCCAUGUUCCUGUGCUCACAGUCUGCUACCUGGUACAACCCAACCUCAAAAAUACCAAAAUAUCCCUUUAAGAGUGGAUUAAAACCAUCAGGUGUGGCAGGCGAAUACACAGUUGGUUAUUGAUUAUGUAUAUCCUUGUUUACGGGACGUAAAAAUCUUGUGUUGUCUCUAAACUUUGGGAAAAAAUCCACACACCAUUAUUUUGAUAAACACUGAGGUCACAAUCAUGGGUCACAAUUUUACAUUUGUUUUGAAUAAUAUUUGAGUUGUUCACAUUGUUUAAAAGCAUAUAUACCAUGCCUCUCAACUGUUACCACGGCUGGGCUGAAGUUUUUUUUCACUUCUUUGUGAACACACCUGUAGAUUUAAGUUUAAUUUUUCUCCUGCUGAGGUGUGUUAAACGGACAUUACGUUUCCUGAUAUGGGCCUUCACAAUAAAAGCACUUAAAUCAACUGUAAGCUUUUAUUGUGAAGAACUUGCCAGAAGUCGUGUUUAUAAUUGAUUUAACUGUAUCCAUUCCAUUAUAAUGUGCUUGCACUUAAAACACCUUUAUUUAAUAAUGCCAAUCGGUGACGUUUGGCUUGUUUUCUGGCUGCUCUUUCGUGUCCGAGGGAAACAUGCUCAUCACUGGACUCACUCCUGCUGGUGGCAUCAGUUAUACCCAGUGUGUUUACAGAAAUGAUACCAGUGAUGGGGCUGACGCUUGUUAUCAACGCCCUGAUUGGAUAAUAAAGAGCCAAUGUUUUAAAGUAAUGCUGGAAUUUCCCUUUAACAAGCCUGCAUGUACAUUUCUCAUCUAUCUUUGAAAAGCCAUAAACCUACAUCCAACCUCUCCAUCUGUAUGCACUUUAUUCUUCCUGCAGCCAUAAACAUUUCCUGCCUUACCUCUGUUUGUAUUUCAUCUUUGUAUGGAAACAACAAUGCAAUAUUUCCUUUAGCUUCUGUUGUACAAUGAUUCUUCCUUCUUGCAGCGAUGCAGCAAAAUAAACCAUGAGUAAUCCAA